GUAAACAAGAAAAGACAGUCGAGGGCAACGGGGAUCAAACAGGCCGGUGUCACCGCAAAUGAUCGCCAUUAUCUGCUCCUAAACGGCGGACAUGGGGCUCCCUGUUACUAUUAAAGUCAACUUCCGGGGGAAUGUGAAGAGAUUUUUGGCUCAGGAUCUGGACAAAUUGGAGUGGGAAUCGGUUGAAGCCUGGAUCAAAGCAUCUUUUGGGAUCAACCACUUUCAAGUGAAAUACUUUGAUGAGGACAAUGAAGAGAUUUGCAUAAACAGUCAAGAUGAGUAUGAAGAAGCCAUCAAGAGUGCGGAGAAGCAGGGGAACCAGUUGCACAUGAACGUGUACAAGAUGAAAGGGCAGGCCUGCGGGGGCCCGCUGAAGACGGAGGUGAAGGAGCUGAAAGGAGACCUCCGGCCCGCUCCUCCUUAUCCCUCCAGGGUCAAGACCGUGGACAAGGGCACGCAGGUCACCCCGGAGCGAGAGGCUGUCGCAGUCAAAGAUAACAAGGGCAACAAACCAGAAGAUGAGCCUCCUCCCAUGUGGUUUAGAUCAUACAUGGAGAAGUUUAAGGACGAGGUGGUGAAAGAGGUGGUUGAAAGGAUGUGCAGUGACUUCUCUGGUCAGUGUUGUACCCACAAAUCCCCUGAUGGGCCCCUCGAGGCCACUGGGGCCAGUGGUGGACCUAUAGGGCCCAGGCCGGGUCCCUCCACCUCAAAUGGGUCCCUUGGCUACACCCCAAACUGCAGUAGCUGCAACAAACUCACCUCUGAGGGGGCCUACAAGUGCAGUGUGUGCCCGUCCUGCAUCCUGUGUGAGAUGUGCCGACACAGCCAUGACCCCAGCCACAACCUCGUGAGAACCAAGACUCCUCUUUCCAUCCCCGAGCAUGGGAUGUCCGGAGAGUUAAGGUUCCCAAGGCGAGGAGACAGGACAGUACGCAAGGCCGAGCGACAGCGCCUCAAAGCAGAAAGGAGGCAGCUAAGAGCCGAAGUGAAGGAAAUCAAGAAGAAACUCAGACUGGAGAAGAGGGGGCUGCAGUGGAGUGGGCCCUCUACCUCAGGCAGAGCCAACCUGACAAACAUGGCCUCCACAUCCACCCAGGUCCCAGCCUUGCCCCCCCCUGCCGCCUCAGAAACUGCCUCAGGUCCAGCCCCAGCCCAAGGUCCCAUCCCUGCCCCGGUCCCUGAUCCCCAGGCCUCCAGUCCAGAGGGUCCCGGGGUCUCGCACACGUCCUUGGUGCCCACUAUGGCUGCCUUGUUUCUGGAUGAAAAUCUGCCUGACGGCACCCGUCUGGAGCCUGGUACCAAGUUCAUCAAAUACUGGAAGAUGAGGAACUCGGGCACUAUCAGCUGGACCUCAGAGACUAAGCUAGUGUUCAUGUGGGGAAACCUCGGCCUGGCCUCAGAGAAGAAGAGGGAGGUGCCGGUCCCCUUGCUGCUGCCCGGACAAGUGGGAGUGGUCAGUGUGGCCUUUGUCGCUCCCGUGAUGGAGGGGACGUACACCUCCCACUGGCGACUGGCGCACUGCGGGUGUCAGUUUGGCCCGCGCGUGUGGUGCAGCAUCGUGGUCGACCCCGGCGACGGCCGCAACACACUCGGACAUCAGAGCAAAAGACUGAAGGAGGAGGUGAGGCCAGUGGAGAAGGAGGCAGAGGUUAGGUCUGUAGACCUCGACCAUGAAGACUACUACUUCCCCUCAGUCGACCUGCUGACUGCACAGGAUCUACUGUCAUUUGAGUUGCUGGAUAUAAAUAUAGUGCAAGAGUUGGAGAAGGUUCCUAAUAACACUCCUGUUGAUUUGACACCCUGCAUAUCCCCUCUGCCCCAUGAUGCACCAGUACUGGAGAAGGCCAUAACUUCACAGAUAAAAGAAGACACAGAGGUCACAGGGGUCAGAAAACUUUUUGGAGUGAAACUGGGACAGCAGAGGGAGCCUCUGGAGCCUGUGACCCAGGAGGAUGAGCGGGAGGAGGAGAUCAGCGGAGCCCAGUUCCUCUGUGAGACGGUCAUCCGCUCCCUCACACUGGAGGAAGCCCCCGACCACAGACCCCUGCGCAGAGUUCACAGCAGCCACAAACCACAGGUUGUCUCCCGGGGUCCCAGCGUUUGCUUUGAGAGAACAGUGGAGGCUGAGAAGACAGAGAGGGCACAAGAAGGAGAUGAGGAGAUCUGUGCCGUUAGACUUGAGAGUUCAGCUCUGCCUCCCAACACAGGUCUCAACCAGAUCACCCAAGAUGAGGAGACAAAGCCAGGUUUUCUCCUGGAAACAGUGAAUGAAAACCUGCAUAUCAGUUCACAUCAUGAUAAUACAGAUGAGGAAGUCGUGGUUUUGGAUGACAUGCAAAACUUGAAGGAUACUCCAUAUGAGAAAGAGGAAGGUGGAACCAGAGAGGACUGGGAUGAGGUCAGCAGCCAGACCUCCUCAGUCUCCUCCUGCGACGACUACAUCAUCGUCCUCCCAGACUGCUUUGACACCAGCCGUCCUCUGGGGGAAUCCAUGUACAGCUCCGCCAUGUCACAGCCUGACACCGCCGCCGCCGCCACCGCUGCUGCUGCUGCUGCUGCUGAGACCUCAGCCGAUCCAGACGUACACCAGGAGGAAGAAGAAGACGAUUCUAACUCCGAGCCGCUGGGAGAGAGGCAGGAGAGGAUGGAGGUGGUCGCUGCUGAGGAUUCCUCGGUGAACACCUGGCCUCCACCUGCCCCUCCCAUCCACAGCAGCGUGAACCAGAUGCUGUGUGCUUCCCAGACUCUGGACGCCGUGACGCUCACCCCUGAAGUGGUGCCACCGCCAAUUCUGCCUGAGCCCCCGCUGCUGUCCCCGCCAGCCCUCUAUUCACCCAGGUCUGAGGCACUGUACCUGGCAGAGGACCCCAGUCCUCCAGCCUGUGAACCCUAUGAGCCACACCAACCAAGGGUCCACCUAAAUGUGUCAUCUGGUCUGUCCAGAUCAGCAGGCUCAGCAUCCAGUGCCUUUGAGACAUACAACCCCAGACCCAGCAACGCGCUGCAGCCAAGGGGCCAAGGAGGCAUCACAGAGGGGCUUGUCAAGGGAGCCCUUUCUGUGGCAGCGUCCGCUUAUAAGGCUCUCUUCACUGGACCAAACUGUUCAAUACAGCGAGGCAUCGACCCAGCCACCAGACAGGACCCUUCCAUGAUGGCCAUGCUGCUGGAGAUGGGCUUCAGAGACCAGCGGCUCAACCAGCGGCUGCUGAGGAAGCACGGCUACAGCCUGCUGCACACCGUCAACGAGCUGGUGCAGAUGGCAGAGGACAGCCAGAAGGAAGCCGUGGAAGCCCAGCGCUGAGGGAGGGAAAGCUGUGAAGGAAAGCUACUGUAAAAGAGUGACGGGAGGGAGUUUAUUUGACUUUUAAACUUAAAUGUAAUGAGAAUAUUUAGAUUAUUUUCUCACCCUUUCCAGCCUCUGGAUUUAUUUUUGAGUUAUUUAAAGAAGAGACAAAGAAAACCUAUUUAUGAUUCAUGCAACUGAUUGAUUUCUCAAAGGGUGGAUAGUUUUAUUUGGACCAACAGGACAAAAAUGCCACUUGAAAUAUAUGUAAAAAAAAAAAAAAAAAAAAACAUGGAUCAAAAAUGAUAUAGGAGCAUUUAUUUCUUGAACGCUGUUGAUUAGAAUGAAACGAGCAUUUGUGAACGGCUUCUCCUGCCUUUGCCUUUAAUUUAGCUUCAACAUUUCGGAUGAAAUGAACCGUAUAUAUAUACACAUUUGUAAAUUAUUCUGGAUAGUGGUUAACCUUCGCCAUGCCUUGUUUACCUGAGGCCAUAGAGCUUUAUUGUGUUGGUCAAAAUGGAGAGUAGGGACUGUAGUUUUGACAGGUGGAAAGUGUGUAAUUCAGCUCUUCAUUGUAGUGUUUGUAUGGCUGUUGUAGCUGCUUCCUCUGCGCUGAAAAAUAGUUGUCUUUCUGUCAGGGCUUGGCUAGAAUCUUCUCACAAAUAGAGCAGUGAAAGUGAAUAUCGUGGAAUGUCGUAAAGCGUCCUGAAGAGCCAGCUCUCAUUUAAGACGAAGCUACUGAAGCUACGUGGAUCUUCUGGGUGUUUAAGGGUCAGCAGUGCAGUAGUAGGAACAACAAACAGAUAUUUAUGACCUUUCUCUUGAUUAUCGUAGUGAAAUCUGCCUAAACAAUGCAAUCUUUUUCUGUAUCAGAGUACUGUUAUUUUAGACGUUGACAUGUGGAAUGUAUACAAAACUUGUCUGAACGGAUUCACCGUUCAGACUUCAGAUGUUUUCUACUGCUUUUUAGAAGACACCUGCAUGACAGGUAGAGGCUUUAGAGACGAGUCGUGUUCUUGUGUCUUAGCAAAGUCACAGUGGAAUUAAAAAAAAAAAAAAAAAAAAAAAAAAAAAGUCCGCCUCGCGUCAUCGUUGAACCCGUUGAACCCCCUUGCCUGAAUUUUUUUUUUUUUUUUUCACGUAUCGUCAUUCAACCAUACGAUGGAGUGGGCCACAUUGAGGAAAAAAAUAUGACAAUAUCACAAGAAUAUAUCUAAUAUUACAAGAAUGAAGAAUUAAAAAUGAAGUUAGAAUUUUAGGUUAGGUGUUGUUUUAGCAUCACUUCAUCAUCAGCACCAGGACAUUGAAAAGAUUGUGCAAGAAACUGAGUCUAUGUUAUUGUUAGACAGACAAACAGCUGCUGCCAGAAGCAGCUCAGGCUGCAACUGACUGUCCCUUCACCCUUUUUAUUAGUUGCUUGUAAUAUUCCCAAAAAAAAUUUUUUUUUUCUCUUGAAAUUUUACAUUUUCUCUCAAAAUAUUAUGACUUUUCCCCAUAAAAUUACAACUUUUUUCUUGUAAACUUACAAAUUUAUUCUUUAAAAAUCAGAUUUUUUCUUUUCCACAAUUUAGCCCUAAAACUCCGUCGUACAACCACCAACUGAAAACCUAGUGACUGUCAUUUAACACUAAUCCUAAACCUAGAUGUCUCUAACAACACAUUCCAUAAACUCUUAGUGGAACCAAGUAUAUUUUCUGUCAUUAAUUUGCCUUCAUGAAAGAGGAGUUUUAGUUUACUGAAAUACACGUUGAUUUUGACAUUGUUUGUGGUGUGUGUGUAUAGAUGGAAGUUAAUGUUAGUUUGAAUCAUUUCUCUUUGUGUGUGUGUGUGUGUGUGCGGUUGAGGAUUCUGGAACCAUAUUUUCUUAUGUUGGCAAUUUUCCAUUAUUUCUGAAAAUUCAUGCUCUAGAGAAUAAUUCAGAAUAUACCUACUAUGCUUGUCAAAUUAUUCUUCUGCCACAGAGUGUAUACAUGAAAUACCCUUCUACUGUCAAUCCGCCAAUAAACUAUUUGCACAUCU